AUGCAAUCGCUUUUACAAUACCGCAGGCUCGGUCUUGCAGUCCAGAAACAAAUUCAGAGAGAUCAUGAAAAGACUAAUUAUCCCUCGAGUCAUUUGCCUGCAGUUCCAGAAGACCAAGGACAAGUCUUACAAGACGCAACAAAUUCCUCGAAUGGCACCGACUCUGAAGAUGACAAUCCCAUGGAUCUCGGCCGGAUAGGGAGUGUUAUUACUGUUCGAACACAAAAUUCUCUACGAACUACUCUUGGUCACGCUCUAACUGGCAUUCAUGCUCGUGAACGCUUGACGCAUGAAGGGAAAGGUGGGAAAGUCUUCGUGGUUGGUUGGGAGGGAGAGAGCGAUCCUUCAAAUCCACGAAAUUGGAGUGUGGCAUACAGGGCAUGCAUCACCCUAAUUGUCUCUUCCAUUGGCUUUGUGGUUGGGGCAGCGUCUUCCGCAGACACUGCUAUUCUCCCUCAAGCUGCUGCUGAGUUUGGCGUCAGUGACGUCGUAGAAUCGAUGACAAUUGGUUUAUACCUUGCUGGGUACGCUGUUGGUGCCAUCUUUGCAGGACCGUUAUCGGAAACCUUCGGCCGCAAUGCCGUAUACAUUUCAACCAUGAUUAUCUACAUGAUCUUCAUCAUGGCAUCUGCUUUAGCGCCCAACAUUGGAGCACAAUUAUCAUUUCGGUUCCUCGCUGGUGCCUUUGGCGCAACGCCUUUGACCUGUGCUGGUGGGUCUAUCUCAGACUUGUGGCCAACUCUCGAGAAGACGUGGUCUUUUCCCUUGUACGCUAUUCCCGGCUUCGGAGGGCCUGUCCUUGGUCCCGUAAUAGCCAGCUAUAUUAUCAACCUUGGGAGCUGGCGAUGGUCGGAAUGGAUCAUACUGAUCAUAUCAGGGGUAGGGCUCGGUCUAAUCGUACUUUUCCAACCGGAAACAUAUCCACCUCUUCUGCUGGUAUGGAAAGCGAAACAUCUCCGACAGAAGACGUGCGACGACAGAUUUCGGGCCGAGAUGGAAAUUGUUGAGUCAACUUUAUGGUCAAGGUUAAAGAUUGCUUUGACCAGGCCCUUGGUCUUGGCACUGGAACCAAUUGUGCUUUUCAUGACCUUAUACUUGACAGUGCUGUACAUUGUGCUGUUCACGUUCCUAGAUGGAUAUCCCUAUAUCUUCCAAAGGGUAUACGGGACGAGCCAAGGUUUGACGAAUGUCAUUUUCACUGGUAUAUUCGUUGGAAUUGUACUCGCCAGCUUCCUUGUUCCAUGGGUAUACAGAAUCACGAAAGAGAGUUUUGGAAGGAACGCGUUCGUGCCCGAAGUCCGAUUAUGGUUCGCGAUGUUAGGAGCACCUGCUAUUCCAAUCUCAUUAUUUUGGAUGGCAUGGACUGACUUCGACACAAUCAGCAUUUGGUCUUCCAUAAUGGCUUCGGUGCUAUUGGGAUACGGGAUAAUUUGUAUUUUUAUGACGGCAUACAUGUACAUCAUCGAUUCAUACGAGGUCUAUGCCGCAUCAGCACUCACUUUCGUUACCUUCACUCGAUACAUGACGGCGGGUGGCAUGACGGUUGUUGGAGUUCCAUUCUACGAGAACCUGGGCCCGCAUAUGACAUUGACCAUUAUGGCCUGUAUCAAUGUCUUGAUGACUCCCAUUCCGUAUGUCUUCUACAAGUACGGACAUAAGAUCAGGCAAAGGAGCAAGAAUGCCGUGUCUUGGACGUAG